UUCUUUGCAGAUGCAAUGGCUUUGAUGGGCCUUGCCCUUUGCUGCCUUCGGGUAGCUUUUGCUUCAUCAACUUCGCUUCCAAUCAUUCCCUACCUUGAACUACAAGCUCAGCCAGAAACCGUGCUGAACGCUUUUGCAACGGAUGGGAUUUUGCUUGUGCCCGGCGUCCCUGGUUUUGCAGAUGCAAGACGAGCUGCACUUCAUGCAAUGUCUACCUGCUUUGCGCAAAGCACCGCACCAGCUCAGUUCAAAGACCGCUUGUUGGCAGAUGGGGCGCAAAGGCGCACCGCCGCUGCUGAGACUCACGGUCAUACCCUUCGUCCUAUGCAAGUGGGAUGUCCAGAAUUUGAACAGAAGGCUGAUGUGUUGCGGACUAUGGUCCAUAUGACACUUAUGGAGGUCAUAAGAGUUUGGGGAUUAGCUGGCAAUCAUGACAACAAGGUUGUUUUCAGACACGAAUCUGGCAAUCCAUACAUGAGCCUCCUUGACGCAGUCUCAAGUGCCACCCAUUUGGAGCACUUCCACAUGUACACCUCCAGAGAUGGUUUGGAUGAUAGUGAUGGACGUGCAAGUCUUGAUCUUCACACUGAUGCUGGUUUGCUGCUGGCCUUUGCAUCACCUCUGUACUCGAAAGCCACGCCUUCCACCGCCCCGAAAGCCACGCCCAGUGGCCUUGUGAUUCAACGGGAGACGCUGGAAGCCAUCGACCUCCCAGAGGACUCCAUCGCCUUUCUGGUGGGCGAAGCAGCCAAGUGGUUGCCUUGGCCGGCCCGUCCCUUGCCACAUGAACUGCACCUUCCGAGCGGCCAGCGUGCCUGGUAUGGCAUCAUGUCAAGGCUACCAGAGGAUGCUGUGAAGACAACAGACUUUGACCCAGCUUUGGCAAAACAGAGGACCUUUGGAGAAUGGUGGCACCGUGCUAUGACAUCUCUUUCUUCCUCCACUGGCAUAGGCUGUGGUGUUGCAGAGGCUGCGGUUGCCGAUCCAACUCACCUAUGUCCGGAAGGCCAAGCAUACUGCUGGAUGCAAUGCAUGAUGCUUCCGCCUGCUUGCACGCUCAGCACAGCAAAAUGCGUGCAUCCAGAUGGUACUCCUUGGAGCAACCAUUCAGAGAUGUGUCCCACCUGUACACUCACAUGUCCGGCGUUUACGGGAUGGGACUUUUGCGAUGAGUCAGCUGCUUCAGACAUGAUCAUGCAAGGAUUUGUGGCCUAUGGCAUCACAGGCAGCAAAACGAAGCCAUGCGUAAUUCUCUUCUUUCAGAGCUGGGUGCUGAAUACUCGCUGGAAGUUCUGGUUGGGAACGCUGGGCGUAUUCACCCUGGGUGCACUGGUAGAACUUGUUGCUACCAUUGCCAUUCAUCCAACAAACACCAAGCUGUCAAGGUUUCUUCAAGCAGCCUUGUACUGCUUCCGAAUGACCCUGGCCUAUCUUGUGAUGCUAGCAGCCAUGACAUUUUGUGUGGAAAUCUUUGCUGCAGUUGUUUUGGGUUUGGGAGUAGGUCAUGCAAUCUUUGGGCAUAGCCGAAAGUCAAAUUUGUCUGGACCCUCCCUGUGCUGUAGUCAUGGAUCAGAUCUAAGACGUCGUUCCCGAGACAUCCGCGUGACUCCUUGUUUGCAAGCUGACACCUGCGUUGUCCUUCGAGUCCAUGGCAUGACUUGUGGCAGUUGUACUCAAACCGUAGCACGAGCUUUGGAAGGUGUGAACGGUGUGGCUUCAGCUACCGUGACCCUGGGAAGUUCCGGACCCACUGGGGGGCUGCAAGGCCCUGGCCUUGCCGAAGUCUGGGUGAAUGCUGGCUUCCCGGGGGUUGAAGCUGCUGUCAGCGCCGUGGAGGAUGCAGGAUUUGAGGCGCAAUCCCUGCCAAAGUCCUGACACGUCCUGAAGGAACGUGAACGGGCAAGCCAGGUUUGUGAGGCAAAAGUGGCCUGCGGAGC